AUGAGAGUUCACCAUUAUUUGACUUACAUCAUCUUGGGAAUCUUAUUCUAUGUCAAUGGAGCUUUUGGUGAUUCUUCUGCCACGCCGUCUUCAACAUCUGUUGGAACUCUAUCAACAGUUAAUGGUAUCACAACAGUUCACACAGAUAUUUAUCGUGCAACUACCCUAUCAUCAUUAUGUGCCCAUGCCUCACAAACUGGUUCAUUGAACGGGAGAAAUUACAGAGCUGCUUAUGAUAUCACUGGUAAAAAUUCUGGGUGGAUCAUUGUUUCUCGUGUUUUAACAGUUACUUGGUAUUUCCAAUUUGAUCAACCUAUCGAAGCUUCUGCUUUCAGUGUCUCCAAAUUUGGUCUUGAAAUUUCCAAUGUGAAAGGUAGUGUGAAUUUGGAACAUGGGUCAUUCCUUGUCUCCUAUGAUGUUACUCUUCCAUAUUUAACACUUAUAAUUUCUGUCCCACUUUAUUGUGCUGCUGAUUAUGUUACUUUUGAAUUCUCUGUCCCUCCAGCUUCUGAUUCUGUGACUAAGCGUGAACUACCACCAGGAUUAGAUCUUUAUGACCUUUUCAAACGUGAUGAGAAACUACGGCCUGAUGAUCCCAAUUAUGAUGGUUUCCAUGAUUAUGGUUAUUCUGCCCUUGAUGGAACAUCUUAUGAUAGUUAUAGUCUACAGAAACGUGAUGAUGCAACACAUUAUUAUGCCUUUUAUGUUGGUACUGCUGGUGCUGUUAUCGGUACUAUAAUCAGUCAAACCUUUUGUGGGCUAACAAAUUGGUUCAACUGUCCUGUUUACACCCAAGGUUUAAGUUUUGAUUGUGAUGCUUUCAAAUCUUAUUUGUCAUGUUCGGACUCUUUAGUGCUAACUGAAAGUUAUACACUGGUACCAACUCCAACACCUUCUUCAUCAUCAAUGGUUUCCUCUACGUUAUCAUCCUCUAUCAUAUUAACCACAAGCACUACAAUUACUUCAAGUACUUCAAAAACUCAAGUUACCACAAGUUCAACUACAUCGUCCACAUCAAAGACUACUUCUGUUUCUACAAGUACUUCAAAACCACCAACCAGUACUAUCACUAGCUCAAAAUCAUUGACCACUAGUAGUCCAGUUACUUCGAGAUCAUCAACAUCAAAACCUUCCACACAAACGACUUCAACAUUGAAGACCACAACUACAAAAACUACUACUAUCUCUACAGAUGUCUCAACUUCAAAAACUAUUACAGUUGUUACGAGUGUUUCAACACCAAAAACUUCAACUUCAACUUCAACUUCCAUCACUCCAGUUACGACUUCGUCAACAUCGAAGACUAGUACUUCUACAAGCUCAACAACACCAAAGACCAGCUCAUAUACAAGUUUGUCAACUUCAAAGACUAGUUCAUCUACAACCUUGUCAACUUCAAAGACUAGUACCUCCACAAGCUCAACAACAACAAGUACUACUACUUCUACAAGUUCGCCAACAUCAAAAACUAGUUCAUCUACAACUAGUGAGCCUGAUAAAACAACAUCAACAACAAAGUCAUCAAGCACUGAUCCGGUUACUUCAAGCUCCUCAGUGUCCACAGAACCUUCUACAAUUGUUUCAACAUCAACAUCUUCAACAACAAAGACUGUUACGAUCGUUUCAAGCUCCUCAGCAUCCAAGACUACUACCUUGCAACCGACCAUUUCAACUACAACAAGUGCGUCAACUACAAGUUCGUCAACUACAAAGACUACUCCAGUUGUUUCCAGCUCGUCGUCGUCAAAGGAUCCUACAGUUUCCAGUGACACAUCGUCUACGGGUACAAUGACUUCUCAAACAACAACCAGUAUGUCAAAACCACAGACCAGUUUGAAUACUACUAGCUCAAAGCCUCAGCUUACCACAACCACUACUAGUGUAUCAAGCUCCAUAAAAUCCCACACUAGUGUCUUUACAACUACUUGGACGGACUCAGCUGGUCAUACCUCUACCGGUAUUGUUAGUGAAUAUCCAACUACUGGUACAAAUGGCGUUGCUGGUACAGGUACUACUACUAUUCCAAUUAUUGGUAGUAGUUCAAAAUCUAGUUCUGGUGCUUCUAGUGAUUUUGUCAGCUCAAGCUCUUCGGUGUCAUACUCUAGCUCUGGUGCUUCUAGUGGUUUUGUCAGCUCAAGUUCUGCGGUGUCAUACUCUAGCUCUGGUGCUUCUAGUGGUUCUGUCAGCUCGAGCUCUUCGGUGUCGUACUCUAGCUCAGGUGCUUCUAGUGGUUUUGUCAGCUCAAGCUCGUCGGUGUCAUACUCUAGCUCAGUUGCUUCUAGUGAUUUUGUCAGCUCAAGCUCUUCGUUGUCAUACUCUAGCUCUGGUGCUUCCGGUGAUUUU